UGUCCCUGACCCCGCCUGUCCCCUGCCUGUCCCCAGGACUCGUACAUGCUCCAGUACUUCUCGGCUCUGAACCAGUACCUGGCCGUGGGUGUCCCCACCUACUUUGUCACCACGGGCGGCUACAACUUCUCCUCGGCCGAGGGCACCAACGCCAUCUGCUCCAGCUCGGGCUGCGACAACGACUCCCUGACGCAGGCCAUCCAGCUGGCCACCGCCUUCCCCGACGAGUCCUACCUGGCCAUCCCGGCCACCUCCUGGGUGGACGAUUUCCUGGACUGGCUGAACCCCAUGGGGCGCUGCUGCCGCAUCCACUGGUUCGGGGAGCACAAGGGCGAGUUCUGCCCCUCCACCAACA